AUCGCUCCGCACAAAUACUGCAAGUGUCGGAAAGCAAGCGACAAACAUGGCUGACAAAGCAAAACAAGACAUGAUCGAAAAUUUUAUCAAGAUCACUGGUGUUGAUCAAGAUAGAGCAAGAUUUUAUUUAGAAUCAUCUGCCUGGAACCUUGAAUUGGCAAUGGGAAGUUUCUAUGAAGGAAACCCUGAUGAUGAUGAUGACCUUGCUGGUGGUGUAGUUGGGUCAGCAGUACCGCAACAAGCCACCCCUGCCCCAGUACAGGAACCGGAGGCCAGCAGUCGUAAAUCAAAGACUGCUGGAAGUUCAAACUCUAGGUUUGCUACCAUAGGCAGUAUGCAGCAAGGACAUGGUGAAGAUUCAAGUGAUGAAGAAGGUCAGGCAUUCUAUGCUGGUGGCUCAGAAAGAAGUGGUCAGCAGGUUCUUGGACCAAAGAAAAAGAAGACAAAUGUUGUUGAAGAUCUCUUUAAAUCUGCUAGAGAACAUGGUGCUGAAGAAGUGAACAGUGAUGUUUCACCAAAACCAGGAGGAAGUAAAGCUUUCAAGGGAUCGGGAUACAGACUUGGGGACGGUGAAGGACAGGAUUCAGAAAAAAUCUCGGGAGAACCAGCUGCACAAAGUAGAAAACAGACAGACUGUGUGUUAAAGUUAUGGAAGAAUGGUUUCAGUGUCGAUGAUGGCCCACUCAGAGACUUUAAAGAUCCUGCCAAUAGAGAAUUCCUAGCUGCCAUUUCGAAAGGGGAGGUACCUCAUGAAUUAAUUCAAGAAGCAAGAGGUGGAGAAGUAAAUCUCAACAUGGAAGAUCACAGAGCAGAAGACUAUGUUAAACCUAAAGUUCCUGUAAAAGCUUUUUCAGGAGAAGGAAAUCUUCUUGGAAGUCCAACACCAAGAGUAGUUGGAGCAUCCACCCCGUCUAAAGGUUCAAAUAGCACUCCUAGUUCAAACCAGUCAACUGUAAAAGUAGAUGAAUCACAACCAUUUACAACAAUACAGAUUAGACUUGCUGAUGGGACAAGACUGGUUUCAAAGUUCAACAAUUCACAUACAGUUGGAGAUAUUAGACAACACAUCACAUCGUCCCGUCCCCAGUAUGAAGGUGCCAGCUUUAUUCUACAAACAACAUUUCCAAACAGAGAGCUUUCUAAUACAUCAGAAACUAUAGAACAAGCCAAACUUCAGAAUGCAGUUGUUGUACAGAGACUGACAUGAAAACUUGUAGCAGACUGUAUUCCAGCACCAGUAGUUAAUGUUAGUCAUCACAUGUACUGUUGAUUGGAUUGAUCUUUUGGCACACAGCUGUUAUUUUGGGACAACAUAUUUGGCAUUCUUAAAAAAUUAACAUUACUUAACCUUGGUUCCUGUGAAAUCAUUUAAUUUGUGGGCAUGAAAUUUCAUGGUUUCAGUACUGUGAGUUGAUAACUACGAAAUAAGUCCCACAGGAAAAAAUACUGUUAAUGAUUUCUCAGUUAUUGGAGAUAAUUCAGGUUGUUAUACAUGGCGUUUUAAGGAGUUGCAAUGUUAGCAUAUUUUAGCAAGAAAAGACAUCACAUUUGUCCAAUCUACAGUGUAUGUUAAGAACAAGGAAUUCUUGCUGAGGAACAGAAGUAUAAACAUACAGUUCUUGCAGAAUUUAAGAGAAGGGAGAUUUAUUCCUGUGAUAACAGAUACAGUAACUGUGUAAUAGAGGAGAUCAUUCUGCAUGGACAUAAAUUAGUGCUGUUACAACAUAAUUUGAGUCUAGUGCAGGUGUAAGAAAUUAUCUUUGCAGCUGAGAAAAAAAUGAACUGUUAUUAUACAAUCUGCUUGAUUUGUCAGGAUUUUGUUGUACAGUAUACUUAGAUCUGUUCCUUGAUAAGGAAUAAAUCCAAAUGAAUACCUCUUUGAAGAAACUUCCUGUCUUUGCAUUACCUGGUUAUCUCUCAUUUGUCUGUCUGUCUUGUUUAAUUGCCUCUCUCAUUCAGCUUUUACUGAUUUUCUUUCUUAAAAAUCGACAGUUUAAAACAAAAAAAUCAGAUAAGUUUUAUUUAAGAAUAGAUACACUGUAUGUUAAUGAGCUUGUUAAUUGAACAGAUAUUAUGUAUUGAUUACUGUCAAGUAUCCUCCACAAUUGACAUAUAAGCUUCUCAGAAUACCCAACGUACAAUGCAGCAUUUUUACUUCAGCUGAAUGUAUUAUGUUUUAGGAAUGUUUUCUUUAGCUCCCAUCCUUUCAGUAAAACACUAAAAACUUGUUUAUUUGCAAAAGUGCUUGUUUUCUCUGCCACAAAAACUUAAUUUAUAUUGUUUAUGCUGCUUCAUGAAAACAAGGUAUUCGUUUGUUUCCCUUAUCAGCUUGACUUUUUGAAGAGCUUUUGCACUCACCCAUUUGUCGGCAUCCUAUUUGGUUGAGUUUUAUACUCUGUUACCACUUGUGGGAAUGGAUAGAAACUUGUUAACUGUGCUGAGCUGACAGGUAUUAUGAAGAUUCAUAACUGUUUUGCAUUUUUACGAAAUUUUGUCCCUUUUUUUUAUCCCCCCGCUAAAGGCAGAGGGAUAUAAUUUUGGCAUUGUCCUCCAUUCUGUCCGUCCGGAGCCAUAUUUAGGAAAGGGUUUCAAAUAUUUGAAUAAAACUUCAAAUAUAUGUUCAACACUAUAGGGAAAUGUGGCAUGUCAAGUUUCAGCCAGAUUGCCCAAGUAACACCAGAGUUAUGGCCCUUAGUAGUUUCUAGUGUUAUCUAUAUAGGGUACUAUAAAUAUGGCAAUUUCUGCUUCAUAACUUGUGACAUAUUUGACUUAGAACUUUGAAACUUAAUUUUUGAUCACUAUAAUGUGGUAGUUCACACACAGUUUCGUUAGGAUCUCUUUAGUAACUUCAGAGUUAUUGCCCUUUAAUUGUUUAAAAAUCCACAUUUAUAUAAUAUAUUAUAUAUACAUAGCAAACCCCCCCCCCCCCCCCCCCCCCCCCCCCCCCCCCCCCCCCCCAAAAAAUAUUUCCAUUGCCAGAUAUAUUUCUUCGCCAUUCCUCACCACAAACCCAUUUGGCGGGGGAUACCAAUUCAUCGAAUUUGCUUGUUACUUUUGUGUUCAUUCAUUUAAUUUCCUUUAUUAGUUUGACUCGAAGAAUAGUCUAGUUAUUAUAUUCACCCUAGGGUCGGUGUCGCACCUUGGUUAAAGUUUUGCAUUCAAGUACAUAUGGCUAUCAUUUAAAGGCAUAUUGCUUUGAAACUUAUAUUUUCUUUUCCUAGGUCAAUUAUCAACCUCACUGGGUCAAGUCCCAUAACUCUGACAUGUAUUUUGGCCAAAUUAUGCCCCUUUUGGAAAAUCCUGGUUAAUGUUUUACAUGCAAGUUACUAUCUCCAAAACUAAUGCAGAUAUUGAAUUGAAACUUCACAAGUGUCUUCAGGGUUAUGAAACUAGGUGAUAGCAUCAAGUCCCAUAACUCUGACAUGCAUUUUGGCCAAAUGAUGCCCCCCUUUUGGACUUAGAAAAUCCUGGUUAGUUUUGCGUGCAAGUAUGGCUAUCAUUUAAAGGCAUUUAGCUUUGAAACUUAUUUUUUCUAGGUCUGUUACCAACCUCACUGGGUCAAGUCCCAUAACUCUGACAUGUAUUUUGGUCAAAUUAUGCCACCUUUUGGACUUGAAAAAUCCUGGUUAAAGUUUUACAUGCCAGUUACUAUCUCCAAAACUGAUGCAGAUAUUGAAUUGAAAUUCCUCAUGUGUCUUUAGGGUUAUGAAACUAGAUGAUAGCAUCAAGUCCCAUAACUCUGACAUGAUUUUUGGCCAAAUUAUGUCCCCUUUUGAACUUAAAACUUCUGGUUAAAGUAUUGCAUACAACUUAGUACUAUCUUCUUAAGUAACGCAGAUACUGGAUUGAAACUCUAUAGAUAUUUUUAACAUUCAGGGUAAUAUUCCUGCUUCUCGGACAACUCUUUGAAUCGUCGAGCACUGACUGUCUAAGGACAGCUCUUGUUGUUAAGGCUUUUGAAUAGUUGAGGGUUGCUGUCCUCUGACAGCUCUUGUUUUAAAAAAUGAAUACAAUACAGAAGUGCUACAUGUCAAAAAUGAAUAUUACAUUAUUUGUGAUCAAUGGAUAUUGUGUAAAUGCAUUGUUACAAUGUUAUUUAUUGAUUUUGCAAUAUUAAAAUAUAUUAAAGCAAG